AUGACGCAUAAUUUCUACGUCGUGCGUAGAAAUCGGCAAGCGGAACAGACUGAAUGGAAGUAAGCAACGUGUUUGACUGCUAUUAAUGUGAUGCAGUAUGGCACAACCAGCAACAACCAAGGAGUCUUUGACAGUUGACAGUAUUCUGGAAAACACUGCUGUGAUAGAACAAGAUGAUUAUAAACCCUUAGCUUCUGAAACAUUUUCUGUUCAGACAUCAGAGUCUGGUAAAAUGGAGAAGCUGCAAUUUACUACAGUGAUCAAUGAGGAACUUGAUGCUGAAGUCCAUGCUGAACAUCAGCCUGGUAUUGAGGAUUUCAUAGGUGCUAAAGAAGUAAAUGUCAAUUUGCUGCCAGAAGUUACGGACAAGUUUAAUGACGCAGAUAUAACAUUUCAAAAGCCAGAAACAAAUAUUUGUGACAUAACUGGUUUGACAAGUCAAGCUAUUGACCAGAAGUCCAGUGAUGAAGAGAUGGAGGUUUCAGUGGCUGCCCAAAUGCAGUCCCUUAAUUUCAUUAACACCUCGCAGAGUCUUGAUGAAACACAGGAAGCAGCAAGCUUGCAUGUUGAGGAAGGUGGAAACAUUCCUCAGGGUCAUGCGACUGUGAAGAGUGAAAUUCAGGAGGGGAGUGCUACUGAAGGCAAUGAUGAAAGCACUCCAUCUGAAGACUCUUCAUCAGAAAGUGAUUCUGCUUCCUCGUCAUCUUCUUCCUCCUCCACAUCACCCUGUCUUGUGCUUUCUGAAGCAGAUGAUGAUGAUGAUGACUGUAUGGGACCUGGAAAAAUGAGGAAACCGCAGCCUUUAAAAACUAAAGAUGAAAUUCUACCUGAGGUAUGGUACUGA